AGUUAGUUCUUUUUGCCCUCACUAGACAUGGCGCUGGCCAGCGUGUUGGAGAGGCCGCUACCGGUGAACCGGCAAGGGUUUUUCGGAUUCGGGGGUCGUGCAGAUCUGCUGGACCUGGGUCCAGGGAAUCCCAGUGAUGGGCUGAGCCUGGCCGCGCCCAGCUGGGAUGUCCCAGAGGAGCCAAGAAUCGAAAUGCUUCAUGGAACCACCACUCUGGCCUUCAAGUUCCGUCAUGGAGUCAUUGUUGCAGCUGACUCCCGGGCCACAGCGGGUGCUUACAUUGCCUCCCAGACGGUGAAGAAGGUGAUAGAGAUCAACCCCUACCUGCUGGGCACUAUGGCCGGGGGUGCAGCAGAUUGCAGCUUCUGGGAGCGUCUGUUGGCUCGCCAGUGUCGAAUCUAUGAGCUUCGAAAUAAAGAACGCAUCUCAGUGGCAGCUGCCUCCAAGCUGCUGGCCAACAUGGUGUAUCAGUACAAAGGCAUGGGUCUAUCCAUGGGUACCAUGAUCUGCGGCUGGGAUAAGAGAGGUCCUGGCCUCUACUAUGUGGAUAGUGAAGGGAACCGUAUCUCGGGGGCCACCUUCUCUGUGGGUUCGGGUUCUGUGUAUGCUUAUGGAGUCAUGGAUCGGGGCUAUUCCUAUGACCUGGAAGUGGAGCAGGCCUAUGAUCUGGCACGUCGAGCCAUCUACCAAGCCACCUACAGAGAUGCUUACUCGGGAGGUGCUGUCAACCUCUACCAUGUGCGGGAAGACGGCUGGAUCCGAGUCUCCAGCGACAAUGUCGCUGACCUACAUGACAAGUAUAGCAGAUAUACCCCCUGAAGGAGGGUGGAUGUCACUGUAAUGUGGAUAUAGCACCCCAUCCUGUGUUGGUGGGGUCACCUAUCGUAUUGGUACUUUUUGUAAGAUCUGGAACAUGGCCUCUGUGUUCCCAGUUGUUACUGAGCUGCAGCGGUGACUAUUCGCUUUACUUUCUUGGACGUUAACAUUACACUACUCACUGUUCGA